GCGGUGCCGAUACGAAAAAGUGCGUGUGCCUCUGCAUUGGGCUUGGAAUUACAUAAGGAUUAGAAGCUGCAGCCGCUGGGUGCAUUGAUUUUUACCCACAAAACCCGCCUUGGGCCAUGGCGCGAAUCGUCGAGAGCAGUCUGACAUUUCAUAAUUGUCAGACGAAGAUUUCUGUCGCAUUUCUCGCCACAAACUUGGUGGUUUUGCAUUAGUCUCAUGACGUCGUCGGUUUAUAAAUAGAGAUGCUGUCGCCCGUUUAGUUGGCACGAGGAGGAUGAGCCAUGCCGACCGUCUGGUGGAGCAGUUGCUUCAGGUGCCCGCCCGCCUGCCCAGAGAAUCGGAGGUGCGCCAACUAUGCCACUCGCUGUCUGAUUUGCUUUCCGGCGAGCCGAAUCUGCUGAGCCUCCAGAGUCCGCAGAUAGUGUGCGGCGACAUACAUGGCCAGUGGCAGGACUUGCUUCAUCUCCUCCAGUUGGGCGGCCCAGUUGCCCAGCAUCGAUACUUGUUCCUGGGAGACUUUGUGGAUCGGGGAAAGAACAGUCUGGAGACCUUCCUGCUGCUGGCUGCCCUGAAAGUGCAACACCCCGGCCAAGUGAGCCUGCUGCGAGGCAACCACGAGUGCCGUAGCGCCACUAAGGCGUACGGAUUCUACGAGGAAUGUGUGGCCAAUUACGGCUCCUCCAAUGUGUGGCGUCUAUGCUGCCGGAUUUUCGAUCUCCUGCCGCUGGCUGCGCUGAUAGAUGACAAAAUCUUUUGCGUCCACGGAGGUCUAUCACCCAAGAUUCAAAAGUUGGAUGAAAUUCAGCAAUUGGACCGGCGAGUGGAGAUACCGACCAGUGGCGGCAUGGCGGAUCUUCUUUGGAGCGAUCCUUGUGAGAAGCCGGGGUGGACACCAUCUCCCCGCGGACAUGGCCAUCUCUUUGGCAAAGAUGUUGUGAGCGAGUUUGUCCAACGGAAUGGCAUAUCCUACAUCUGCCGGGCUCAUCAGCUGGUGCAGGAGGGCUAUCGGUGGCAUUUUGAGCAGCAGCUGGUCACCAUCUGGUCGGCACCGAACUACUGCUAUCGCUGUGGCAACAAGGCCUCCUUUAUGCGGCUAAACACGGUCGAGGACUAUGAAUUUCAUGUUUUUGAGGCGCAGGCGCUGCACACCAAACCGCAGCCCAGAAGGCCCAAAAAGCGGUGUCGUCAGUUCUUCCUGUGACGAAAGUAAUAAUUAAUUAAAUAAUACAGCUCUUCCAGUGAAUCUCAAUCGAAAUAAGAGAGAGUGGAACCACUUUCAAGGUUUGUGCCUAUCGCCGUGGGCGUGGUUGCCGUAGUCGCCGGCGCCCUCAUCGUCCACUAUUUCCUGAACAGGAAGUCCACCAAACCCCGCCGGGAACCCAAUCGCACCGCCCGUCUCCGCACUCUGGUGGAUCCCAACGACAAAUACCUGCUGCCCCUCGUGGAGAAGGAGGUGCUCAGCCACGAUACCCGACGA